AAUGAGCCGUCAGACUGCCACAGCACUACCUACAGGUACUUCAAAGUGCACGCCAUCGCAGCGGGUACCUGCGCUGACUGGCACCACAGCUUCCAACAAUGACUUGGCCAGUCUCUUUGAGUGCCCUGUGUGCUUUGACUAUGUGCUGCCACCAAUUCUCCAGUGUCAGAGUGGCCAUCUCGUUUGUAGCAACUGUCGCCCCAAACUUACGUGCUGUCCAACUUGCCGAGGCCCGCUGGGCUCCAUUCGGAACCUGGCUAUGGAGAAAGUUGCCAAUUCCGUACUGUUCCCAUGUAAAUACGCCUCUUCCGGAUGUGAGAUAACUUUGCCGCACACAGAAAAAGCAGACCACGAGGAUCUCUGUGAGUUCAGGCCUUACUCCUGUCCGUGUCCCGGUGCUUCGUGUAAAUGGCAAGGUUCUCUGGAUGCUGUAAUGCCGCAUCUGAUGCAUCAGCAUAAGUCGAUUACAACGCUUCAGGGAGAAGAUAUAGUGUUCCUUGCUACAGACAUUAAUCUUCCGGGUGCUGUUGACUGGGUUAUGAUGCAGUCUUGCUUUGGCUUUCAUUUCAUGUUAGUAUUGGAGAAACAGGAGAAAUAUGAUGGUCACCAGCAGUUCUUUGCAAUUGUACAGCUGAUAGGAACACGCAAGCAAGCAGAAAACUUUGCUUACCGACUCGAGUUGAAUGGUCAUAGGCGGCGAUUGACUUGGGAAGCAACUCCUCGGUCUAUUCAUGAGGGAAUUGCAACAGCCAUUAUGAAUAGUGACUGCCUAGUCUUUGACACCAGCAUUGCACAGCUCUUUGCAGAAAAUGGCAAUUUAGGCAUCAAUGUAACUAUAUCCAUGUGUUGAAAUGGCAAUCGAACCUCUUCAGGCCAGUGUUUAAAACCGUUGCAUUUAAGUUAGCAGAAAGUAGGGUAACCAUCUUUGACUGUCAGACAAAUUACUUGGUAGAUGGAGGGUAGACACAUAUGAAGGUAAAUAAAAGGAAAGGCUGUUAAAUUACAGGAAGCAGUUGCAUGUAGUAAUACUAAUAUAUUUAAAAUAAGUCAACAGUAAACCACUGAAAAUAUAUAUACACCCAAAAUGGGCAUCUUUUGUAUUAAGAAUUGAUUCUACAGGAAAUGUUGUAAAAUAAUUCUGAAAUCUUGUUUGUAGAUUGAUUGUACUGUUGAAAAGGAUACUGUUUUGUGUUUUUGUUUGUGUUUUUUUUCCUCCCCCCUUUGACUGACAAGCCAUGUUGAGCAGUCUGGUCUCUGGCCACUGCUGCCCCUCCUCCCCGCCCCCCCUUUGUAAGUCACUACAUAGUAUUGCUGCUGUUUGUGUAUAUUUUUUGUGUAUUUGCUAAUUUUUAUUAACUUCUAGUUUUUCAUUAAAUAAAUAUGACUUUCUUUUCUG